AUGGUGUUAGGUAUGCUGAGGCGGGCAGCAGCAGGUGGGCGUCUUAUUGAGAUACAAGGCGAAGCUAAUAAAGAAAAAGCAGAUUUACUCGCCAGAAAAUUAAAAGUUGCGCUGACUACAACGGCGAGAGUUAGUAGGCCUGGAAAAAUGGUGUGUAUGAGGGUUAAAGGCCUCGACGACGCAGUUGCUGCCGAGGAUGUAAUUGCUGCCCGGCCGAAUAAGGCAAACUGCGCAGCAGAGUUAAUAAGUAUUAAUAAGGUGUAA